AUGCAACACAUUCAUCAAGAUGAUUCGAGUUUUGAAAUCAGGUCACACAGCAUACCCAUUGGUGUCAAAAACUGGUCUCUAACUGUUUUAUGCAGGAAUACUGACUAUCUUGUAGAGGGUUCCAAAAAUCUUUUUUUCGGCCUAUGGCCGACCUACCUACCCAACCCCUGGUCCAGCAUUCAGAUCCCUGAACCCCCUUGUGGGCGACCAAACUCCUGCAAACAAGAUCUUUUGGAAACACGGCGCGCUUCCUGGUCACCCCUCCAAUGGCUAGGUGACGUGGAAGGAGGGUCAAAACCCAACCACCGUAAUAUAGUAACCGCCCACCACAAGUUGUGGAAACCAUUUUCAUGUCGUAUGUUCACCGCGCCCAUCGCUCUAGAGUCUACCCGCCCUGACAUGGUCGAUCAGUGUACUUACUUCGAGCUCGUAAGAUGGUGGAAGACCCGUGAAAUGAUGACAGCGUCCCCAAUGGACAAGUUAUAUGAGAAAUUCAUCAAGUAUUUGAAGAGGACCUUCCAUCUCACAAUCGUCCUUCCCAUUGCCUUCGCCAUGUGCGCUGGCCCAUUAUUUGCCCCAUUUGCUGGCCUGCCCCUCGCCCAACAGUACCAAUGGACGCACCUCUGUGGUGACUCCUUCGCGGGAGAAGCCAUCAUCCAAUCUCCCUCACUCGGUUCUUCUCGACAGCCUUUCAUGACAUUCUAUUACCCCGAAACCCCAGACUCAACAGCCAAAAUCCACUACUUCGACUACGUAAUGACGAACGACCCAAACGCAUCAACCCAAACGCUCUCAUUCGUCGGCGCAGCAUCACAAGGGGUCGUUCCCGCCGACCUCCGACCAAACAUCCAAUCCGUAUCAAUCGCCUCCCCCGGAAAAAAAAAUUCCAUCUCAGCGCAAUGCGUAACCACAAUAAACUCAACUUCAAUUCCCGUCCCAUGCAUGACAGGGACUUAUCAAAUUUCGCCGUAUCUCAACUUUUCACUCCAAGACUCUGGGAACACCACUUAUCUUCGGGCGGUCGAUAAAGAGUGGCAAUUCAUCGAUGAUGCCCCAAGCUUUGUCCUUCGAUACUCCUCAUCAGAUCCACGCCAGCCACUGGGAAGUAUAGCUAUUGAGACCGCUGUCACGGAGCGCAACCGCUGUGAGGUCCUCAAAGUCUGCCUUGGCUCCAGGAAAUUGGGUUUCGAUAUCCUGGCUCCCCUCGGUGUAGUGUUUAUCUCUCAGAACAACUUCGCCGCCUACUGCACGCAGCCUCGAAUUUAUAACCUUUAA